UUGCGCAACUCGAGUGACGAUUUUGAUCGAUUUUAAACGGCGUAGAACAAGAAGUUACUCGAAAAGACACAAAGAUCCCCAGAUGGAAUGGUUAGAAAGCGAGCUGAGAUAGGCCGAACGAAUCUCAUUUCAACUACCAUUUCCAUUUCUUAUUUCUUUCGUGGUUGUUUGCUAGCGAGUGGGAGAGAAUGACCCCAAUUGCUCGUGGUUUUUGUUCUGCUCGAUCUGUUUUCUACGCGGUUUUUUCCCGAUUUCCUUCCAGACGGUGAGCAAUAAUCGAGUGUUUUCCCACUUCUUUUCCAAAACUUCCACGAUCACCCUUGUCUCCUGUUUUGUCCAGACUCUGUGUACUACACCCUGCACCGUUCGUACUGUCUUUCGUAUACGAGCGCGCAAGAUUUACAGCCAAGAUGUGUCGGUAGCGUUCGGGGUCGUGUAGAAGUCACAAAGCGAAGAAGACGUGCGAAACAAAAAAAACUACACACGAGAGGGCAGGGGAAGCGAACGUAAGAGCAUACAUAUUAUCUGAUAAAUAAAUAGCAAAAGCAAGAAAGGAAACACAGUUUGCAAAUAAGUGUAAAAUUGAUUAAUUGAUAAGUAAUAUAAUUUUAUGCAUUAUUAGACAAAAUACACACACACAAAACAGCUUGAUGAUACGUCAAAGAGGUAGGGCGUUGGAGGGAAAGCCGAACGGAGCAGCGAUGGGUACGAACAAAGCCAGAGGGGAAACACAGAGAAGGAGAGAGCGAGAGAGAGAGAGAGAUAGGAGUAACUUAAAAUAGGCAAAGGCCGAUUCGGGGGAGGGAAAACCAAAUGGGUGGCAAUGACAAAAAUUAAAACAAACAUAUUUCUACGCAUUAUUACAAGCAAGCGUUGAGCAAACAAACAAAUGUUGAUUCGUCCCGCGUACCGUGGAUAAAGUUUACUACAAAAAAAUACGCAAACACACAUACACACAAAGAGACGUAACACACGAGAAAAACACACAAACACAUCGUAUGACAUUAUCCGAAAAGGGCACACGUACACACCACACUACACAAAGCAAACUACAGUUAUCACACAGCGUAUAAGGCAAAUGUAAGGCAUCCGCUAUCGAAUAUUCCCAAGUGUUUGUGUACUUUUAAAAACGGUUUUCAGCCAAACCGACAACGCUGCACGUACGUACAUUACGCGCACAUGCAGAUAUGAGAAACAGUGUAGCUCUAUCCUUCAUCAAUAUCUAAACGAUCAUUUACGAAAAAACACACAUUUUCUGUAUCUGUUGAGCAUCACCGCACGCCGGUUACUAUUCCUUGCAAUCCGAAAAAGAACCCCUCCAAUUUCCCACCUCUUUUGUUCACACCACUCUGCCCCCACAAUUGUGCUACCAGUUUUUCAGUGUACUAUUACUGUUCAAAGACCUCACCUACUGUUGCAUCACUCACAGAAUGCGCCACAAAUUUAAAGCAAUAUCACGCUUUUGGGCGGACACACCAAUAUUGUGCCCUCUAUUCGAUACUCUCAUCUUCCUGCACACCUGUUUGUCCCUUUCGCAUUGUUUCGCUCCUCGACAGGAGAGGCAUAAACGUAAAACAACAAGAACAUGUAACAAAACGUUAAACUAUCGAUAAGCAAAACUAUCCUCCAAAAGAAGCAAACGAUAGCACGCAAUAACAAAACGGGGCAAACAAACAUACAAACAAACGAAAUGAACGAACAGCACGUUUCAAUCAUCGCCACCAAAACAACAAAACGAGGAUAGAGAAACAAAAGCCGAAAAGGGGAAGGAAAAAUACAUUACUCAAAACUCUACUGUGUUACGCGAUCUGAGAAGAGAAGAAUGUUUUGUCUACUACCAAUUUUACUGCUAUUAAAAGAAAAGGGCGAAGAAGCAAACGCUAAAAUAAAAGUUUUUAAAAUCUGUUCUCCUAUUCUAAAACUGAAUUCUCUUCAACUUUUCGUGUUGUUUCGUUACGCUGUCACACCUUUUGCGUCCCGUACUGAUAUCAAGUUGUCUUUUGUUUUGCUUUCUUUGUUUUUCCUUCUUGCUUGUUCUGUUUCUCCUAUCUACUUGGCUCUCUACCACUUUCCGUAUCUUGUUUGUUGUCUGUGGCUAUCCUUUUCUCGUUCUCUGUUGUGCACUUUCUAUCUCAUCCUCAAUUGUCCUUCCUACAAGGAACGUAUAAGGCUGUUUUGUAGAUCCUCCAGCAUCGUUGUCUUUUUCUGAGAACUGAGUGGGGAAUAAAAGCAAAAAAAUUAAGCAUUUUCUAGUUAGCUCAAAAACUAAACAUCUCGCUAAAAACGGAACUGUUCAUCUAGCGAUCACUGAUCGUAUGUCUAUUGCAAAGAGCAGACAGCACUAAACUUCACUGCAAGUUAUAUAUUAAAAAAGAAGAAGAAAAAAACAUUAUAACAAAAUAAAAAUAAACCCUUGUCCGUUCGAACACCAUCCGGUAAGGUACGAAAAGCACACAGAAAGAAAGGAGUCCCAAAGGGGUCCCAAAACGGAUGAGCGUGAAAUAAAAUUCUAGUGGGAAUUUAAUGACAUUCUUGGGCAUUGGCAAGAAACAUAACACACGCACGUCGCACAUUGAACAACAAUGUGUAAACAAAUUAUGUAAGCAAACUUAAGCAAGGAAACAAAUUAUCUUGGGCAGUGUGUACUUUUUAGGUGUAGCAUUUCUUUCAAAUAUUUUCUUAUCGAUAAAAAAAAACAUGAACCAAGAGAAAGGAGCAGAAUGAGACAAGCAUGAUACAAAUUAGCAGUUGGUGCGUUGCUCCGUGGAGGAAAAGUGUGAGUGUGUCAGAGGUUUAAGACAGGCACUGGAGACGCUGGAAGAGGCUACUAGCACUGUUACAAUGAUGUUGCGCAAAACAACCUUACACGCGCCCAGUUACUGAAUGCAGAAGAGGUAAACGUGGCAUUACGACAAAGAUGAGAAGAAAAAAACAAGUGGAUCAUCUUUACAAUCGAUACAAAGAAGCGCUUGCACGGGAAAGUCAUGGGAAAACAUUGAUAAAACAAAAAGGCAAACCAACAUAAAAGUAACAAAACAAACAAUCUAUGAUUAAAUCAAUAUUUAAGCAAAUUUAUUAAACGAUAUUUAAGCGAUUAAUUGACUACAAAGGCAACACAUAAAGGAAGCCGCGUGUGCAAAUGCGCUAUAAAAGAAGGUUUAAUGAAAGCAGAACACAACAUGAAACAAAACAAAAACAAAGGGAAAGCGGGCAAAAUUGAGUAACAUCCAACACGCAAAGGACAACUGGUUGAACUUUGUAGGGGAUUACGGAAGCAAACAUUAUUCUCUCACACGUACAAAGGUACAAAUACAUUUACCUACACACAAACACACACACACACACUCACUACAAGCAUCACAAACGAACAUUCUUUCUAACGUUUAUCUCCACGUUUGAGCAAGCAAAAGAAAAGAAACACAAAACGGAUAGGGGUAACAUGAAACAAGAAGUAACAAAAUAUAAAGAAAGUUGUUAAAAUAUUCAAAGAACAAAAAGCAAAAACAUGCAACAAAACAAGCAAACCACAAAUCAUCUCUAGCUGUGUUUUCAUCAAUUAAAAGAAAAACGAAGCAAAAUAAAGAAACACAACCAA